GAGAUAAUGGCCCGAGCAAAGGGCAGAACGUGGAUGCAGGGAAAAAAGGAAGAAAGCAGGAUAAAUAAGGUCCACACUUGGAGAUCCGAAGGAUCUUGCUCAGCACGGUUGCCAUAGAGGAAAAUGAGCGCAAGUUACAUAUUCUCGGAGUUUUUGAGGGAGCUGCCGGGCUACAUUCUCUUUGGUUGGAUCUUUAUGCCUGUGACUUUACUCCUGCUGCUGCUAAUUGCCUACUUCAGGAUCCAACUAUUAGAAGUUAAUGAGGAACUGGCCAUGGCACAAGACCCCACAAAGGCCUUCCUGAAUUACCACGGCCAGUGGCAGAAACCCAGGAGAUCUGGGCCGAAAGAGAAGAAAUGCAAGAACUGAAGGACAUUUAAGGGAGUCUCAUGUCUCACAAAGCAAACUUAAACCCAGCCCUCAGCUCUGCAGGUUUAAAAAUAACCAGCUGUAGAUAAAUACCAGGGAGGAAAACAAAACGGAGCGGAGAUUAGCGCUGUGCCGUACAGAUGAAACAGCUGCUGCCGUUCAAAAAGGUCGUUUAACAGUUUUGCUUUCUCACAUGAGGGCAAGCAAGCCGCACUUUAAGCAACUCGCCGCACACCAGAGACCUGCAACGUACUGUGUCAGUUCCCUUCCAGGACACAGGAUCUGGGAGGAGGGAAGGCACCUCUCUCACUUUCCCUUCCCUAGCCUAAUGAGAAGAAAGCGAUGUAACAAGCUCCCGAGAGAGAUGAGCUCGCCUAUACAAGGAAGGCAGUCUUGUUAAAUGGAAGACGCAUAAACAGCAAGUUCAUAUCAAGCACUGACAUCUAGGAAAUUGAGAAGGGUGAUAAAGGGGAACUGACUUUUUUUUUUAUUAGCUUGUAUACUUUGGGAAAGAUUGUAGGGUUUGUAAAGUAUGCUUUCCAUAGAAUUUGGAAGGAAAAUAUAACAGUGAUGGGAAACAAAAGGACUUCUCUGUGCUAAAUUUUGAAACCAUGAAAAGAUUCAGUCAGUAUUCUGUAAAGCAGUUAUUAUUCUAGUUUAAGGACAAAUGGAUGAUUUCUCAAAUUAAAAAAAAACCCCACAAGUAUGGAGUUUUCUUUUUUUGCGUGUCAUUUGUCACACAUAAAAAAGAAACCCCAGAACAUUCUCCCUCCCCCCUGCCAUUAGCUGUAGAUGUACAAUU